UGAAGCCUUCACAACAACAACGCCACGCUUCUGUUAUCUUUACGUUAUCAUGUCACGAAUAUAAUUGUUUCAUUAAUAGUGUGUGGUGACAUUAAAUAGGUAAUUUAAAUGAGCAAAAUGCCAGUCUUUCGUAGUGUGUUUUAUGUAUGUGCUCACAAGUUCACAACAACACCACGUUUCUAUGAUCUUGACUUUAUUCAAACAACAAUAUAAUAGUUUCGUUAUAGGAUACCCAGCACAACAAGAGCCGAUGCUGCGCACGGCUCUCUGCUCCCCGCGAAGCUCUCUCAAGUCAGUCCGGCGGCGGACGGCAUGGCUUCGUUCCCUCCACUCCUCCCGGGCACCUCGGGUCCAAGGUCAGCAGGUCCCAGACGCCCGCGUGAACCCCCUGAACAUCCAGAUGCUGUCUAAGAACCUCCAUGAGCAAAUCUUCCGAGGCCUGGGGCCGGAGUACGAGGAGGAGCACGUUGAGAAGAGCAUACGUCACCUCCAGAGGCACGAGCUGUGGGGCAAGGAGACCUCCUCUCUGGGCGAGGUGGAGCUGGCGCUGCCCGCCAUGUACGGCCAGGACAUCGACCAGCACUUCCGGGUCCUGGCCCAGAAACAGAGCCUCCCCUACCUGGAGGCAGCCAGCCUGCUGAGCCGGGGCCCGCUCCCCGCCAUGCCCCAGGAGUGGGCCUGGGAGCCAGGCUGGACCCGCUACGGUGCGGACGGGGGCGUGCAGCGAGUGGACUUCCCCGACGAGCUGGCGCUGGUGUUUGACGUGGAAGUGUGCAUGACAGAGGGUCAAUGCCCCACGCUGGCGGUGGCUGCCUCUCCCACGGCCUGGUACUCCUGGUGCAGUAAGCGGCUGAUCGAGGAGCGGUACUCCUGGUCCAGCCAGCUGAUCCUGUCCGACCUCAUCCCUCUGGAGACCAGCGCCAACUCGGUGCGACCGCACGGCGGUCAGUGGAAGGAGAGGCUGGUGGUGGGCCACAACGUCAGCUUCGACCGCGCCUACAUCAAGGAGCAGUACCUGCUGAAGGGUUCCCAGAUGCGGUUCCUGGACACCAUGAGUUUGCACAUGGCCGUCUCGGGUCUGACGGGCUUCCAGCGCACGCUGUGGAUGGCCAACAAGCUGGGCAAGAAGCGUGGCCUGCAGGAGGUGAAGGACCACAUGAAGAAAGUGGGAUGGAAGAAGAAAGAGCCAGGGAUCGGGUCAUGGGACUGGGUGAAAAUCAGCAGCCUCAACAACCUGGCGGAUGUCCACGCGCUGUACGUGGGCGGGCCUCCCCUGCAGAAGGAGGCAAGGGAGACGUUUGUAAAGGGCAGCAUUGCCGACGUCAGGAACAACUUCCAGGAGCUGAUGCAGUACUGCGCGAUGGAUGUCCAAGCCACUCAUGAGGUGUUCACUGAGCAGCUGCCCCUCUUCAUGGAGAGGUGCCCUCACCCCGUGACGUUUGCGGGGAUGCUGGAGAUGGGCGGGAGCUACCUGCCUGUCAAUCAGAACUGGGGGCGGUACCUGGAGGACUCCCAGGAGACCUACGAGGAGCUCCAGCGGGAGAUGAAGACCUCCCUGAUGAACCUGGCCGACGACGCCUGUCAGCUGCUGCACGGCGACCGGUAUAAGGAGGACCCCUGGCUCUGGGACCUGGAGUGGGACGUUCAGGAGUUCAAGCUGAAGAAGGUUCCAGUCCGCAAGAAGAAGGUCCCACCCCCUAACGGAGGGGUGGUCACGCCCACGUCCACUCCUCUACCGGAGCACCAGGAAGACCCGGGCCCCCCCUCUGAAGAUGACCUAGCCAGGCCCUGUCCCAGCAGGCUGGCUGUGGAGAGGGUCACUGCCGCCACGGUGGGCCGAAUGCCCAAGAGACGACAGCACCUGCCCGGACACCCAGGGUGGUACCGCAAGCUGUGUGAGAAGAUGUCUUCUGGGCCGGGCGAGGAGGACGGGGAGGGGGACGACGACGACUGGUGCCCCGGCCCCCGGCUGCUCAGCCUCCAGAUGAGGGUCACCCCCAAGCUGAUGGGCCUGACCUGGGACGGCUUCCCCCUGCACUACACGGACCGCCACGGCUGGGGCUACCUGGUGCCCGGCCGCAGGGACAACCUGGGGGCCCCCCUCGGGGAGGAGGAGGAAGGACCACGCUGUCCCCACAGAGCGAUCGAGGAGGUGUACCGAGAGUCCUGUGAGCAGAAAGGGAAGGAGCAGCCUCAGUACACAGAGGCCGGCCCCUCUGAUGACCUCAUGCUGACGGACACCACCGUCUGGCAGAAGGUGGAAGAGCUGAGCCGUCGAGACAGGAGGAUGGAGGAACAGGAGAUGAUGGAAACCAAAGACCAGCGUAAACCUGCAGGUCCCAAAGACGUGAGUGGCUGCCACUAUCACCAUGGAAACGGGCCUCAUGACGACGUCAACAUACCGGGCUGUUGGUUUUUCAAGCUGCCCCACAAGGAUGGGAACGACAAUAACGUGGGAAGUCCGUUUUCUAAGGACUUCCUGUCCAAGAUGGAGGACGGCACGCUGCGGGCAGGAAGAGGCGGGACCAACGCCACGCGGGCCCUGGAGAUCAACAAGAUGAUCUCCUUCUGGAGGAACGCUCAUAAACGCAUCAGCUCACAGAAAGUCGUCUUGCUGCGGAAGGGAGAACUUCCUCGCACCGUGAGCAGACACAAAGACUUUAAUGAAGAGGGGAAGUACGGAGCCAUCCUACCCCAGGUGGUUACCGCGGGAACGGUGACUCGCAGAGCGGUGGAACCCACCUGGCUCACGGCCAGCAACGCCCGGCGGGACCGGGUGGGCAGUGAGCUGAAGGCCAUGGUGCAGGCACCCCCUGGGUACCACCUGGUGGGGGCGGACGUGGACUCCCAGGAGCUGUGGAUCGCUGCAAUCCUGGGGGAGGCCCACUUCGCUGGCAUGCACGGCUGCACGGCGUUCGGCUGGAUGACCCUGCAGGGGAGGAAGAGCCAGGGCACCGACCUGCACAGCCGCACGGCCGACACGGUGGGCAUCAGCCGCGAGCACGCCAAGGUCUUCAACUACGGCCGCAUCUACGGCGCCGGCCAGCCGUUCGCCGAGAGGCUGCUGAUGCAGUUCAACCACCGCCUCAGCCAGGAGGACGCCUCGGCCAAGGCGAGGCAGAUGUACUCGCUGACCAAGGGGAUACGCAGGUACCAUCUCUCGCAGGACGGGGAGUGGCUGGUGAAUGAGAUGGACAUAGAGGUGGAGAGAGAGGAGGACGGGAGCGUGUCCCUGGAGGAGCUCAGACGCAUCUCCAAGCUGGCCGCCCAGAGCUCCCGGCGCAGGAGGUGGGACCUGGUGGGCCAGCGGCUGUGGUCCGGGGGCACGGAGUCGGAGAUGUUCAACAAGCUGGAGAGCAUCGCCCACUCGGCCCAGCCGGCAACGCCCGUCCUUGGCUGCAGGAUCAGCCGAGCGCUGGAGCCCCGCGUGGUGGAGGACGAGUUCAUGACCAGCAGGGUGAACUGGGUGGUGCAGAGCUCGGCGGUGGACUACCUCCACCUGAUGCUGGUGGCCAUGCGCUGGCUGUUCGAGGAGUACGACAUCGACGGCCGCUUCUGCAUCAGCAUCCACGACGAGGUGCGCUACCUGGUCCGCAGCGAGGACCGCUACCGCGCCGCGCUCGCCCUGCAGAUCACCAACCUGCUCACCAGGUGUAUGUUUGCCCACGCCCUGGGCAUGAAUGACCUCCCCCAGUCGGUGGGCUUCUUCAGCGCGGUGGACGUCGACCGCUGCUUGAGGAAGGAGGUGAACAUGGACUGUGAGACGCCCUCAAACCCCACUGGCCUGGAGCGAAAAUACGGACUCCCACAGGGUGAGGCGUUGGACAUUUACCAGAUCAUGGAGCUCACUAAAGGCUCCUUGGCAAAAGGCAGACCAACAACCUGACCGCUGUCGGCAAGGAAACGGCGAUCGGUGGUGAUGGGUUCGAGCCAACCAGGGAGUGAGUCCACUUUUACAAUGUCCCGGAGCCGUGAGGCGCCGUCGCCCUCCCACACAGAGAAACGAGAGAAACGCUGGAGAACACGGAGAGGAGAGGCUUUGGAACCGGUAGAGAACAGACCAGAAGAGGAGACGAGAGACACAGGAACCAGUGGAGAACGGACCAGAAGAGGAGACGAGAGACUCUAGAACCAGUGGAGGAGAGGAGGGAGCUGCUGCUCACUUCUUCUUCCUCUUCUUCUUCUGUGGUUGUGGGGGGGUGUCCUCUGCCUCCUGCGAGGCCUCCUGGCUCUGUCAACAGGACGGGAGAGAGUGACGAGGGAGCGCGCUCAGAGGUUUAAUCCCUUCCCCUACUGGCCCACCAGGCUAGUAGAACAGAUGUUGGUAUUGUUGUCGUGCUGAAGGGUUAUACCUGCUGGGUGGCGUCCUGCUCCUGCAGCGCUGCUUCCAGGGUGGCAGCGUUGAUGCGGAAGUCUCUGGAGGUGCUGAGCUUCAUGUACUGCAUCAGAUUGACCUGGAGACAAACAUCAAGUCACAAACCGCCGGCGGCUACGAAAAGGACACGAGUGGGAAACGGCAUCGGUUCGGUUGUUAUUAUGUUAUUUUUUUUAGAUGAUUAUGUCUCAUGCAGCUCAGAGGUACCUUUGACUUCUUGGAAAGCGUGAUGAGGAAUUUCUCGUAUUGUUCGAUGCUGAAGAUUAAGUUUGGAAUGGCCUUGGUCUCUCUGAGGAGCUUGGCCUGUUGAAGACAUUAUAACACGAUGGCCGUAGGCAAUCCUUCAGCACCUGCCUGAUGUUGUUGUGCUGUACGCCUAUUUAAGGAUUAAAGUGUAUUUUUGGACUAA